UUACCACACGCACGCCACCAACAAAGCCAUGGGCAAGAUGAGGAUGCCCGUGCCCUCCCUGUUCCGCCUCGGCCGCCGCUCCAAGUCGCCGCCGCCGCAGUCGCAGCAGCAGCAGCAGGCCAAGGCCGAGGCGGCGCCCGGGUCCCCGCCGCGGACGGCGGAGGAGGAGAUGGCGCGGGUGUUCCGCAAGUUCGACGCCAACGGCGACGGCCGGAUCUCGCGGUCCGAGCUCGCGGCCCUGUUCGAGAGCCUGGGCCACGCCGCCUCCGACGACGAGCUUGCGCGCAUGAUGGCCGAGGCGGACGCCGACGGCGACGGCUUCAUCAGCCUCGACGAGUUCGCCGCCCUCAACGCCACCGUUGCCGGCGACGCCGCCGCCGUCGAGGAGGACCUGCGCCACGCCUUCCGCGUCUUCGACGCCGACGGCAACGGCACCAUCUCCGCCACCGAGCUCGCGCGCGUUCUCCGGGGGCUCGGCGAGUCCGCAUCCGUCGCACAGUGCAGGCGCAUGAUCGAGGGCGUCGACCAGAACGGCGACGGCCUCAUCUCCUUCGAGGAGUUCAAGGUCAUGAUGGCCGGGGGCGGAUGCUUCGCCAAGAUCGCUUAGGUUCAUGCGCAAUCUGCUCGAUCUUUCCUUCUUCCUCUCCCUUUUUUGGUUCCCCCCUCCCUCUCUAUAGUCUAUCCCAGCGUGCCGUGUGCGGGUUCUCCAAAGUGUAUAUAGAAGCAACAAUUAUUACUAGCGCUAGAUUCUUUCUGCUAAUAAUUGGGAAUCGCGGAUCAUGAUGAUUUCUGCUCAUAUUGGUUGGAAAUUGGAGGGUGGGAAGCAGAGGUUCAGAGCUAGUUUCUGUUCAUCUCUCUGACCCGCGUAUUGUUCCUUCAGUUUACGAAGAGAAAAUGAUUGGAAUCUACUAUCUACGGAUAUCUAAUUCGUGUUUC